UUUACAAGAGUGAAGAGGAGAAAACGUGAGAGGAGUCGAAGUUCCCUGCCAAGGGCAAACAUUUUGCGGCAUGGACAAAUUCAACAAAGGAAAGGAGAUGCUAGGUGAUGUAACGGCUAAGGUAACAGAAAAAGGCACAAAAGUCUAUGAAAAAUUGACUGGACCAGAAGGAGAGCAGGCUGCCUCUAGGAUAAAGCAGUCUGCGGGAAAACUUGGACAACAAACUUAUGCAUUUGGUGCAAAAAUUAGUGGUAUUCUUUCUCCGUAUAUUAACACAAAAAGCGACCAGGGCAAACUGAGACUGGGAUAUACUGUUAUUGCACUUUUUAUUGGAUACCAAAUUUUUAAGCAAAUGAAGAAAAGAAGCAAAACAGUUGUUGAAGACAAAAAAGAACAAGAGAAGUUGGCAUGGGCUGUACAGGUUAUAUCACAGCAUGAAAGGAAACUAGCAAUAGACCAACAGGCCUCACUAAAGCAGCUACAAGAAAAAAAAUAACUGUUCUUAAAUUAGUUCAAUUUGGAAGAUGUUUCAAGACAUUUAAUUUAAGCUGUUCCUUUGUUACUGUAUACGUAUGACAGUUAUAAUCCUUAUAUUACAUGUCUUGCCAUGGGUAUCUCUCUUUUUCACAGUCAUUGGAGUGAAUUUUUUUUUAAAUGGCACAUUUGGGAAUAUGGUCACAGUUCACUAAUUUUUCAGAUUCAAUUUUGUUGGGAAAUGGGUGUGUGGCAACACGGUACCAAAAGCAAGUCUUUUCACAGUGAACAGUCCAGCUGUCAUUUGGAGAGCUGUCAGCAUCACUGGGCAGCCAGUGUCUUAAAGAUUAUGAUUUAUUUAUUUAUUUAUUUAUUUAUUUAUUUAUUUUUGAAAAUGAUGGCUUAUCAUUUUGGAAUUGUGGUUUAAAGUAGGUGCAUAUGAAUUAUAAAAAUAUUGUUUACACUUUAUCUGACUUUCGUAUCACUUGAAAUUAAUGAGACAACUGCUAUUUGUACACAGUCAAGUAAAGGUCUGUUGUGUCAGAAAAAUGAUGGGUUUGGUGUCUCAGACAUUGUCUUCCAAACAAUAAACUUUUUGUUUAUUGCUCUUUAA